AUGCCUUCCCCGCAACCAAUUCCCUCCCCAGCGGAGCUACAGGAUAAACUAUACAUCAACGGGGAAUAUGUCAAGGGAAAGUCCGGCGAGUGGUAUACUUUGUAUAACCCAAAUGAUGACCAAGUUAUUUCAGAUAAAAUCCCAAUUGCGGGAGAGGCAGACGUUGAUGAUGCCGUGAAUGCCGCACAAGAUGCUUUCUAUGGGCCCUGGAGUAAAUUCACUAGUGCCCAGAGAGGGGCAUGCCUUCGAAAGCUAGCAGACAUCCUGAAUGAAGAUGAACGCCUUGAGAAAAUAUUGACACUAGACGCCCUCAGCACUGGAAACCCGAUUUCCAUUAUCCCCACUAGAGAGAAGAACUAUAUCAUCGGCCAACUGAAUUAUUACGCGGGGUGGACCGACAAGAUGCGAGGCGAUUACUUUCCAGCCGAUGAUGGGUUUGUCAAACUCGUACGUCACGAGCCUCUUGGUGUAUGCGCUGGGAUUAAUCCGUUUAAUGCCCCCGUCGCCACGCUCAUCAUGAAAACCGCGCCAUGCCUUGCCACUGGGAAUGUGAUGAUUUUGAAACCCUCCGAAAACAGUCCAUUGGGCUCCUUAGCCAUUGCAGCACUUUUUGAAGCUGCUGGUUUUCCAAAUGGAGUUUUUCAAGUCCUUACUGGCGCCGGACACACGGGUGCGAUAUUAGCGGAACACAUGCGUAUUCGCAAGAUUAGCUUCACUGGGAGUGUUGCAACUGGCAAGAAAAUUCAAAUUGCUGCAGCAAAGAGCAACUUGAAGCGUGUGACUCUCGAGCUGGGUGGCAAAAGCCCUGCCCUAGUAUUUGAAGAUGCUGAUUUGGAUAAUGCCUUAACAUGGACCGUUAAUGCCAUUCUUGCUCGGUCUGGUCAGGUUUGCGUGGCAGCAUCCCGCAUUUAUGUCCAGAAAUCUGUAGCAGAAGAUUUUAUCGAAAGGUAUAAACAGCGUAUGAAGGAGGCAGUGGCAAAAAUGGGCAACCCCCUAGAAGAGUCUACAUUGAUUGGUCCGCUCGUUAAUAAAGCCGCCUUUGAACGUGUUAACGGGAUGAUUGAGCGUGGCAGAUUAGAAGCUGAGCUUGUUGUGGGAGGAGUCCGCCAAAGCGAACGAGGCUGCUUUGUCGAGCCCACCGUUUUCUUGAACCCGAAAGAGGGUGCUGAAAUUUAUAAAAAUGAGAUAUUCGGCCCAGUGUCCGUUAUCAAAACAUUUGAAAAUGAAGAGGAAGUGCUAGCGCUGGCGAACGACACCGAGUUUGGCCUCAUGUCCGGGGUAUUCACAAAGGACCUGAACAGAGCGCUCCGCAUGUCAGCCCUCUUAGAGUCUGGGGUUGUUGGCGUUAACUGCGUCAGCUCUAUGAAUGUCCAAGUACCUUUCGGUGGGAAGAAGGCAUCCGGGAUUGGGAGAGAGUUCGGAGAAUACGCUUUGCGAUCGUUUACUGAGCCCAAAACCAUUCUGAUCAAGUAA